CGCUGGGCCGCCCAUACCCAGUACAGACUUCAUUCCCUUGUGGAUCAUGGCCAGUAACGGGACCAACGUCCUCCCACCCGAAACCCCUGCGCAACUCAUCGCCGAUGGGAUUAACCUUAUCGGAGCGACGACGGUCUGCGGCACAUUCUAUGGCUUCAUGACUGCUAUUGCAGGCGUCUGCAUCUACACCUUUUGUCUCCCGGGAUCGCGCGCAAAACGCUCACGCGGCCGUCUCGCGUUCCUUGUAUCUUACGUCGCUCUUCUUUGGCUGUGUGGCUCGCUGUACGUCGCUGGCAUAGCGCGCUCAACGACCGACGCCUAUGUCGACCGGAGGCUGGUGCUGCAGAGCCCGGCAGAGUGGGGGGACCCUACGCUGCCAGAAGUUACUGUCCUCGAUACGGCGUAUGAAGUCUCGAUGGCUCUUGCAGAUGGGCUUAUGGUAUGGCGCUUCCGAACAGUGUGGUAUGACUCUCCAUGGUAUCCGUUUUUGAUGCCGGUUCCUGUCCUCAUUUACUUGGCCUCCCUUGCGACAGGCUUUACUUCAGUUGUUAGCGGUACGCGUCCGGAUCGCGAUUUCUAUUCGCUGGUAGCACAGAGGACGACCGUUCCCGCAUUUAUAUUGUCCGUGGCUCUCAACCUCUAUACGACCUCCUUAAUCGCCGGCCGGUUGUACUCGUAUAGGCGCUGGUUUGCUAAACACAUUGGGAAUUCUGCUUUACACCCAAAACACUACACCAACAUCGCCGGCAUCGUCGUUGAAUCCUGUGCGCUGUUCACCGUUACAUCGAUCAUCUUCGUCUGCUUCUACCUGUUACACAAUCCUGGCCAAUUCCUGAUGAUCGCGGUGCUCGCCGAGGUGCAGAUCAUUGCACCGCUCCUCGUGAUGCUCCGCAUCUCAAACGACGUCGCCUGGGAGGUCAACACGGCGACCACGGUCGAUCACAGAGCAUCGACGCGGCAGGGAUGUGUGAUCCGGGGACCGCACGAGACAGAGAUGACGGAUCUUCGUUUUGCUAAGGAGGACGGGGACGUCGAAUAUGGUACCGAAGAGUCUCGGACGGUGGUUUAAACUUCGCUCGGGGAAUCGCUUUGAAACGUUUAGGUUAUUGGAUGUUGUAUGGUUUCCUUUUCUAUGUGCACGAAAACGGAUGGCUACUCACGACACUUCUAUAAAAUACCCUCUUUCAC